AUGGCUUUGGAGGCUUUUUCGUCACAGGCCAGCGAUAAAGUUCACGCAGAUGUUCUCUCGAAAGCAAGGCUCGCUUGUUACAAGGCGCGGGACGCAUUCUACGCGUGCCUAGAGAGAGAAUCGAACAAGAAACCCACGGAAAUUGCGUCUGUAGGGCUUCUUUACCCAGUCGAGUGCAAGCGAGUUAGGGAUCAGUACGUGAAUCAGUGCAGACCCACUUGGGUGAAGCAUUUCGACCGGCAGUAUUGUGCGAAGAAGAAGGUUCAGAGGCUUUUGGAUGAUAACGAGUCAAGGAGAGGAGUUUAA